UGCUGAUAUGUAGUUUGUGGAGCGAAAAGUAUAUAAUAUCAUAAAUAAAUUUAUAUUUUAACCUUAGAUAGGCCCACUGCCCUUUAUUGGGCUUAUUUGGUCGUGUUAGCCAGGGUCUAAGAAGUGGAGAGUGGAAAUAACUGGGGUUUUUGAACUCAACAUUGAAUUCCUUAAUUUGCUUUACAAUGAAGCUAACGCUGUGAUGACGAGUAGUUAAGCUAACUAGCUAAAUGGCAAAUUGUAAAUCCAGCUAGUCGUAACGGAAAUAUUGAAAUAUAAAAGUUUCACUGUUUUUUUUUUUUUUUUUAACUACUUGAAACGACUCUUGCAUGAUUUUAAAAUGGUUGAGGGAGACGUCCAGUUCAUGAAUGUCCUCAAGGGAAAACGCAUCAAACUGACCCUCAAGACUUCAUCUUACCUUGGCGUCGUCCAACGCAUCAAUCCCAACAAGACGUUGAUUUUGGCUGACGUGGUCAGUGGUAGUAAUGGCUGCAAAUUUCCUGGCUCGAAAAUGUUCUUUGGGCAUGAGAUUCUCAAGGUGGAAUUUUCCAAUGAAGCAAACAGUGAUAGCCGAAAUGUUCGUGACCACAGACUUGAAGACCACUUGAAUGUGGAAAGGUUUCAGCCAUACAGGAAGACAAUAACAAUGGAUCACGAUGAAGACGAAGAGGAAUAUAUCAACUUUGUCGUCAUCGAUGAGUUUCAUGAGAAGUUUGGGCCUGCUGUGAUGCACAUCAAGAGGCAGCACGUGAUUGGUGUGGGAGCUGCUGACGUCGAGGUAUUUAAGCACGGGAGGCUGUGUUGGCUGCAGAUUGCCACUAAAAACAAGGUAUACCUGUUUGAUAUUCUGUUACUUGGAGCCCGGGCCUUUAAGAAUGGUCUUUCCAUGAUCCUGGAAAAUAAGCACAUAUUAAAGGUGAUUCAUGACUGCCGAGCCAUUGCUGGGUGUCUGAUUGCUCAGUUUGGAGUAAAGCUAACCAACGUCUUUGACACACAGGUGGCGGAUGUCAUGUGCUUCUACUCAGAGACAGGUGGGUCCCUUCCCGACAGAGUCAGUACUCUCCCGGAGGUGGUGAGUCUCCAUCUGAAGGUGCCCUCCUCCCAGCUCUUAUCGCUUCAGAUGAAGUCACGGCUCACCAAGGAGGAAAAGGAGCUGUGGUACAAGCGUCCAUGUCCUGUUACCCUGCUGAAGGUGAUGGCUCUGUCAGUGAUCCACCUGCAGCCUCUCAGACUGGUUCUGCUGGAUACUCUGAUGACAGACUACAUGGCCUUGGUGGAUUCAUACCUUAACAGCGGCUACUAUGAACCUGAUGUAUUGGAGCAUGUCAGCAUGGAGAGUGUGUGGGAGUUGCCCAGAGAGCUCAGGCAGCUGCAGCAAAUGCAUCAUGAGCGCCAGGAGUGGGCUGCUAACCACUACCCUGUCACAGAGCAGGGUCUGCUGGAUCGCUUCAACCCCAGAGCUACCCCACCUGUAGCAGAAGGGGAUAGUCAGUCACAGGCAACUGCAACUGUGGAAUCACCUUCAUCAGCACAACUGGAUCCUGUCUUUUACCAAACACCCACAAGCCCUCCAAAGGUCACCACUGUUUCUACCGUGGAAGACCCGCCAGCUCAGGCUCCAGUCGCAGACUUUGGGAAACAAAUGCCCCCUGUCAGUCCCCUGCCUGUAGGUUUAGGCAGAGGGCGUACAGAGGUACUGAUGGACACAAUAGGUAGAGGAAGGCCCUUUGGGAAAGUGCAGUCAACCCUAUAUGUCUUACCUGCCAUAGGAAGAGGCUUUCUUCUCCAGAUGCCACCUGCCCAGAUCCCCAGAGAGAGCACUGGGGACAUGAAAAGUCCAAGCAGGAUGGAGACGACUCCUUCAUGCCCCAGCCUCACACCCUCGCAGAAAGCGACUCCCCAGCCUGACAUCAGUGCUGCUGAUCUGCCCAAGGACACUUCUGGCCUGAGAUGAGACCUUUCUACACCGAUUCUCCAGUCCCUUUCAUCCUCACUGAGGCAGUGAUUUAGUCGUCAUGUUGUGAUUAUUAUUUUUUUCUUUUAGAAUGACCAGUAGAUGGCAGUAAAUAUCCUGUGUAGUGCAAAGGUUUGUUUGAUACCAGCUGUUUGUAAAAAAUCAUUUAUGUUUGAAAAAAGAAGAGCAAAAGAUGUCAUGUGUGCAGACAUUGCAUGCCAGUUUAUUUAAAAUAUUUUUGUAUUGGAACCCCUUUAUUUACCUUUACUUGUAUUGUUUUUAUAAUAAUUUUGCCUGUAAACCCUUCUUUUUUAUAUAUUUUUUUGGUUUUUGAUUGAGGGGUAAUUGAUUGCACUCUUAACAGUAACAUCUACAUA